AUGGCGGAAGAUCAGAAUCAACAUAAAAUAUUAAAUACUUUGGUCAAUGAUGAGAAGAAGAUCAUUCGUAGGGAAGUUGAAAAGCAAAGGAGGAUGCAAAUGUCUAUUCUAUGUUCAUCACUCCGUUCUUCAAUCCCUUUUCACCUCAUCAAGCUUUCAGUAUCAGAUCACAUAGGUGAGGCUGCAAAUUAUGUCCAAAUUUUGAAGGAGAAGGUUAACGAACUCGAAAAGAAAAGGGAUAAGCUCAAAGAAAUUAUUAGUUCAAGCAUGAUUGAAACUGAAAAUGAAUUACCAGCAGAUCCUUCAAAUUUAGUGAAGUGUGUCAACAUUAAUCUAAUUCCAGAUGGGGUGGAAAUUGUUAUAUGCCGUGGUUAA